GUGAGCCUGGCGAGGGGGUGAAAUAUCUGGGCUACUGUAAAGCAAGCUCAUGUGCAAGCAGGGACCACAGUAAACAUUUCUAACGCGCAAGUUGAUUUGGAAGCCAAGAACCCCCGAGCCAAUUUCACGUUAAACGCGGGUUUGUUUAUUUAAACGCAAGGUGUGAUUUACAGCGCCAGAAAUCUCAACUCAAAUUGUAUGUGUCAAGCGCUAACUGUUAGCUGCCAGGCUAGCAAGCAUAGCCAUUUAAGCAAUGGCGCUGAAAAGAAUUCAAAAGGAGCUAACAGACCUGCAGAGGGACCCACCUGCACAAUGUUCUGCUGGACCAGUUGGAGAUGACUUGUUUCAUUGGCAAGCUACAAUAAUGGGUCCACCUGAUAGCCCUUAUCAAGGUGGAGUGUUUUUUCUCACCAUUCACUUCCCAACAGAUUACCCCUUCAAACCACCAAAAGUUGCUUUCACAACAAAAAUCUACCAUCCUAACAUAAACAGCAAUGGAAGCAUUUGUUUGGAUAUAUUAAGGUCACAGUGGUCACCUGCGCUCACGGUAUCUAAAGUUCUAUUGUCUAUUUGCUCUCUGCUUUGUGACCCAAACCCGGAUGACCCACUAGUACCAGAGAUCGCCCAUACGUACAAAGCUGACAGGGAAAAGUACAACAGACUAGCAAGAGAAUGGACACAGAAGUAUGCAAUGUGAUAAUUUCAGUGAGCUCAAAAUGCAGAAAAGAAGUAAAGAAACAUAUUUGGUAUUUAAGGGAAGGCAAAUGGGCAAGAGAGGAAAAAAACAUAACUUCAUAUCACACCACCGGCUGGAGAGAGAGACAACAAGGUACAGUGCCACCUGGCUUCCAUGUGCUGAGCUGCUGCCAUGUACUGUCCUUUGUGACCUGUAUGGAUCUGCUGAGCAGGACCUCAUAGACUCCUGAAAGCACUCCCAUAUGGAAUACUGGAACCUCCUCACAGUCAAUACACCACACUCAGACAUCUGUUACUUUUGCUAUUAUCAAUUAUUAUUAUGAAUAUUAUUAUUAUUAUGAAUAUUAUUAUUAUCAGUGUUACUAUUCAUGCUGAUCAUUAUCACUUCUUGAUACAAGUCAUACAGUUCCGUUAACCAUUGGCAAACUGGUUGAUUUCAGGAGCUCAAGUUCUCCCUCAUUUCACAGGUACUGUGUGUGUCCCACUGGAUGUCUUGUAUUAUUUGUAUUUCUGUGUAUUCAGUGGCCUUUCUGUAUUGUUUUCAAACAAUAGAUGUGCAAUUGAGGCAUAAUGUUCACUGUUCAGCACAAAAUGGUGCAUGACUGUUGCUGGUUAUUACCAGCAGUCGUUUUGUUGCUCACAGUGGUUCCAGAUUACUGGUCACCACAUACUGUCUCAACCCCCCCCCCCCCCAAAUGUGAAAGAAAAAGCAUAAAUUUGAUAACGAAUUUUAUCCGGAAAAGCAACAGUAUUCAAGCAUUUUGAAAAGACCGGGAAACAAAGCUGCAAAUGAGUCAGCUGCCCCUAGAUUGGUGGUUAUGGGGCUCUGUUUGCAUAAGACAAGGGGGAAUGUCUUGUACCAUUUUUCUCAACCAUGUUGUCCUUGUACUUGGUUCUCUCUCAACAUCCACCUAUGGGUGGCAUCACACCACACUAUAUCCAGCUGUUGUAUUACGUGUGAAUUGCUGUUUAGCUAAGAGCAUAGCUAAUCUUUCAUGUACAGUUCAGCUGUGUACCACAUCCUCAAUACAGCUGCUCAGGUAUCUGGCCUAAUCGUCAGCCUUUUCAGGGGCUGACCCAUGACCCACAUUAUGGAAAACUCAUGUAGUGACCCAUGGUGAGAAAAAUGACCAGGAAACAUAUCGUCAAACUUACAAGAAUUAUACUGAUCUUGCAUCUUUUGUCAGUUUACAUGACAAAAAAACAGUAUGAAAGACAAAAUGAUAGUCCUAGAUCAGCACCCCUAAGAUACUCGAUGGAUAUAUGUGCAGAUGUGGUGUGUUGCACAAUACUGUAUGCUGUCCCACAAGUACUGUUAUUUAACUUGGAGAGGGGGCUUUUUCAACCGUCCAUCACCACAAUACUUUGUUUUCUUGUUUCUGAACAAUACUCAGAUGUGAAUGUGAAUGCUUAAAAACAGCUAACAACUGUACUGUUGAUAGGUUAUACAGUACCUUUUUUUAAAAAGUGGUAGUAAGCCCUUGCUUACACCUCGGGUCAUUUAUUAUCACGAUGAGAACUCCAACAGACAUUUUGCAGACCUUAGGAAUCAGAAGUCAUGCACACUUAUUUACUAAAGGUUAGUAUCUUAAUAUUUGUGGAAUUUUGUCACAAUAGGUCCUAUACCAUCAAAAAGACAUGCAUGUUAGGGUUAAUACCCCUGUUUGUGCCCCUGAACAAGGCAAUGGAAAGAAGAACUGGAGUUGGUCCCCAGGCGCUGUAGCUGCCCACUGCUCCUAUACAAUCAGAUGGGUUAAAUGCAGAGAACAGAUUCGUUGUAACAAUACUAUUCUUAAGAAUAAAAGGAUAAAAUAAAAUGGCUUUAAAAUACCUUUCACUGUAAUAACUUAAAGCUGUUACAAUAUCAUCUUUUGUGAAUAGCAGUUAACAUUGGUCCACCCAUCCAUCCGUUAUCUUAACCACUUAUCCUGCUCUCAGGGUCGCGGGGAUGCUGGAGCCUAUUCCAGCAGUCAUUGGGCGGCAGGUGGGGAGACACCCUGGACAUGCCGCCAGGCCAUCACAGGGCCAACACACACACACACACAAACCUAGGGACAAUUUUAGUAUACUACCUAGGGACAAUUUUAGUAUGGCCAAUUCACCUGAUUUACAUGUCUUUGGACUGUGGGAGGAAACCGGAGAUCCCGGAGGAAAUCCACGCAGACAUUUUCUCCAAAUAUUUUUUUCUCAACGAUAUGAUGUCAUUCAUUCUUGGGUCUGCAAAAGUUACACUAUUUUUAGAUUUAUGGCCUACACUGACAGAACAACAGUUUGCCCAGAUGGUAGAUUUGUGAUUUUUCAUUUGUAUUGGGAGUGUUUAUUUUAUUUCAUUAUUUUUUUGAAAGCUUUAUUUGAAGACUAAUUUUUGAUGUCAUCAGAAUUUGAAAAAAAAAAGAUUGUAACAUGUCAUUAUGUAAUAUUAACUUCAAAAUCACCAUUUGCAGAUGUUCGACUAGUUAGAAUUUUCUGUGAUAUUUGAGUCAAAGUAUCCGGUUACCUUUCGAUGCUACCAGUGGAAAGGGAACUGAUAGCCCUGUCAGAAAGAAGACAAUAAUGCUAGGUGUUAAACCGAAUAGAUAAAUCCAGAAGGGUAAAACAUAAAAGUGUAAAACAUGUAGAGUCUAUAAAUAGUAGAAGUUAAGGCCAUGGUUUUGGAGCCAAAAAUAUUUAAUAGAUGUUGAACUAUUCAGAACUGGAUGUCCCAAAAUAAAGGGAAUAUUGAAAAGGCUUCUGCAGCAGUAUCCUCUCUGAAUGCAGUGAAAAUCCUUAUGCUGCUGCCCAACAAUAGUAGAAAAUAUAUGCGUGUAAUACUACUAGUCCAGACUUUGCAUUGUUUAAUUGUUUUGUUUGCUUGUUUGGCUAUUUAUUUAUUUAUUUAUUUGUUAGCUGUGUAUCCUCAGAUUGUACGACUGAAUGCAGCGUCGUUACUUUUUUGACAGAUAGCCUGGUGUGAGUGGUGCUAGCUAGAUUUGAAUGAAUUUGUUCACUGUGUUUCAAUAGAGUUCAUGUAGGCAGCUUGGCUUUGCACUCUUAUGAACCUUCUCACAGCCAUUUGCCAGAUAUCAGGGAUUUCGUUACAAUUCAUCUGCCUAACACCUCUGACUAAAAUCUUAGCCUUAACCCUCAUUUUGUAUAUACAUAUAGAGAACAUGUCAUGAAAUGUAAAUUUGCUAUCAGGGCUGUUUCCCAUAAAGGUUAAUUUAUUUCAUCUGUAGACAUGCAAAUUGCUUAUAUGAAUGACAUAGUAGUUCUAAUUUAUGAAAUAUUCUUUCUCUGAAACGCAAGACCAGCCUUCAAACAUUAAUAAUGCAUCAUACAAUUUGGAAUAUACAUAGUUGAUCUGUCACCAUAAACAAAAUCCCCUUGCAUACACAAAAUAUUGAAAUUAACCAUUGACUUUGUGAAGAAAAAAAAUGAAUAAAGCUCUCUUUCUUUUACAAACA